AUGUUGUCGUUUAGCCUAAUAACUGCACAAAGACCACGAAACAAUCAAGAUAUGCGCGCUGAAGUGCAUCGGUUACCACCCACGAGGGAAUCGGAAGAAGAGGCGGAACGCCGAGCUAAGUCAGCCGUUAAUAACAAACCCAUCAACCAGCCAUCAGUAAAGAGCGGAAACAGUUUCAAUACCGAAAGCACUCACUCGACUUUCCAACCGUGGCCUUCUGUAGAGGAAGUACAAUCGAGAAGAGAGCAAUUGUUGAAAAAGACACCGUUGCCUUUCUAUAAGACUCAAGUGCACAAUUCUGACACAAGCACUCCACAAUUACUUCAACAACCUGGUCCAAGCAGUACUAAACCUGCUGGAGGUGGUAGCCCUAAAAAGCCAACCACACUCCCACGAAAAUUUGAACCUGAGGCAUCUCCCGUUGUAUCAUCAACUGACGACGAAAGACGAUCCGUAUCGCCAUCAAGACGAUUCCGUAUCUCGGUCUCGCCAACGAGAAGAUUAGGAACGGAUUCGAGUCCCGGCAGGAGCGUUCCGCAUGAUCGUACCUAA